AAUGAGAAGCGCUUUAAAAAACAAAGAUAUUGCAGAAAACACCGCGGGGAGGAGGCUGACACGCGUCCCGGCGUGGCUGCGGGCGGCUACUGUCUGACUUCACCGGACUGAAGGCUUUGAGGUUUGCCGUGCGACACCAUGAGCUCUAAGGUGUGUAAGAACUGCGGCAGCUCGGAGAUCGACGUGGACCAGGCUCGCGGCGAUGCCGUCUGCAUGGGCUGCGGCUCCGUGCUGGAGGACAACAUCAUCGUGUCCGAGGUGGAGUUUGUGGAGUCGGGCGGGGGGUCGCUGGCUGUCGGACAGUUUGUCUCUGCAGAAGCUGGAGGCAGCGUCCCCGUGUUUGGAGACGGAUAUUUCACAGGUGUGGGGAGGGAGUCCCGAGCUCAGACGCUGGCCAGAGCAAAGCAGAGCAUCAACACCCUGGGUCACCAGCUGCAGAUGAACCAGCACUGCCUGGACACGGCCUUCAACUUCUACAAGAUGGCGCUCAUCAAGCACCUGACCCGCGGCCGCAAGGCCUCGCACGUCAUCGCCGCCUGUAUCUACAUGGUCUGCCGCACCGAGGGAACGCCACACAUGCUGCUGGAUCUCAGUGAUCUCCUGCAGGUCAACGUGUACGUGCUGGGAAAAACCUUCCUCGUACUGGCCAGAGAGCUGUGCAUCAACGCCCCGGCUAUAGACCCGUGCCUGUACAUCCCCCGUUUCGCCCACCUGCUGGAAUUUGGGGAGAAGAACCACGACGUCUCCAUGACGGCGAUGCGACUGGUGCAGAGGAUGAAGAGGGACUGGAUGCACACGGGACGAAGGCCGUCGGGACUCUGUGGAGCAGCCCUUCUUGUAGCCGCUCGCAUGCACGACUUUCGCCGCACCAUCAAAGAAAUCGUCAGCGUGGUGAAAGUGUGUGAAAGCACGCUGAGAAAAAGACUGACGGAGUUCGAGGACACGCCCACCAGUCAGCUGACCAUCGAAGAGUUCAUGAAGGUGGAUCUGGACCAAGAGUGUGACCCGCCCUGCUUUACAGAAGGACUGAGGAAGAAGAGAGCCCAUCAGCUGGAGAUUGAGCUGAAGAAAAAGAUGGAUGACGUCGAAGAUGAAAUCCAAGGCUACCAGGACGAAAUCGACGCAGAGCUGGAGACCAGCAGACCCAAACUGAGAGGAGUUUACGCUGCCUACGUGAAGGGAGACAGCAAAACUGCCAGCGACGACAGCCUCUCCACGUCGUCUAAGACGGGAGACGACGAGGAACCAGACGAGGAAGACGAGCUCCAGGCCGUGGCCAAACACUUUGGCAAAGACCUCGGCGAACUCACGCUGGAGGCUCUGAUAAGACUCGAGCAGAAGGGACCGGGGGAGCAGGAGGAGAACCAGGAGCUGGAGGAGGAUGUCCCAAAGAGGAAAGCCCCUUCGCUGGAGUCCAUCCUGGGCACGAUGCCCACAGCAGCCACUCUCGGCCUCAACCAGUCCAUCAGCGACUGCAUCGGCGAGGAGAAGGAGAACGAUGGUGCUGCUGACGGCGGGGAGCUGGACCUGAGCGGGAUCGAUGACAGCGAGAUAGAGCUGUAUCUGCUGAGCGACAAAGAGAUCCAAGUCAAGACGGCGCUGUGGAUGGCGGAGAACUCCGACUACCUCAAAGAGCAGAAAGAGAAGGAGGCGAAGAUAGCGAAGGAGAAGGAGCUCGGGAUCUACAAAGAGAAGAAGCGGAGAGGACCCCCGAGGAAGCGUCCCCCAAUCCGAGCCAGCACGGCCGACGAGGCCAUCGAGAAGAUGCUGGAGCAGAAGAAGAUCUCCUCCAAGAUCAACUACGACGUCCUGAAGGACCUCAACAUCAAGCCCUGCGCCAGCCCGGGCCCCAAGGCCGACUCCCCGAAGAGGGAGCCGGCCGUCAUGAAACGGGCCGCGCGCAACCACAACCCCGCCCGAGCUCCGCUCAGCCUCAGCACGCCGCUCAGCACGCUGGGAAAAAGGUUGCAGCCGUUCAUCACCGGACAGCCCAACAAGAAGCUCGCCGUGGAGCAGAUUGCCAACAGCAACCCCCUGCCGGUGCCUGCGGGAGCCCCCGCCAGCGGAGUGGUGGUCGAGAGCGGCCCGGUCAUCUACGACGAUGCGGCUGCCGAUGAGGAAGAUGAGGAGGAAGAGGAGACCUGUGUCAGCGCCAUGGACCUGUUGGGCAGCAACGAUUACGGCUGUGAUGGAGAUUACGACGACGGGUUCUAGCAGCGGUCUCUCCUGGGUUAUUAUCCCCAACUCGCACAGACUUGUUUGACUCCUUAAGUGUUUCGAAUGUUUACUACGAGAGACACAAACUGACUGCAGCUACAGCUCGGUGCCGUGAUGCCACGAGGAACGAGGACUUCCAUCAGGAAUAAAUGGGGAGAAUGUGUGCUGGAAUAAUCCCACUCCUUGUUCAAUUUGGCAUCCCAGUAGGACUGAAGUGAAGUGGACGUGAGCAAGGCGAGUGUAUUCAUCAGUGUGGUGCAGAUGACAGUGAACUCACGGGUAGGACAUCUCCCAGUAAGCACUGGUUUGUUGGUUUGCAGGUCAGAAUACAUUCAGGGCCAAACUUUGGGACAGCUGGGGUCCAUUUAAAUGAGUGUAUCUGAAUGUGCAUGUGCAGACAUCUAAGAUCUCUUUUUACUACGUUAAGCUCGGUUUUAAGACAGAUGUCUUCUGUCCUGCAAAAUAACACAUCAGUGUUUACUGUGAGGGACUUUUUGUCGCGGUUUUGAAGGCGUAACGUAGCAAAAAGAACAGCCAAUCAAAAUGCUAAACGUAUUAUCCUUGAACUUGCACUUAGCAUUCAUAACACUCGAGUACUUCCUGUCAACUAAUCCUGUCUCAAAUCUCUUAUACUGCGUCUUUUAACGAUGAUAUGUACACAGAAGUCCAGGCAGCGUGAGAUCAAUCAUCAUUAUCGGUGUUUGCAGAGGACAGAAAGUAUUUUCCUCUCGUUAUUGGUUCGGUUGAGGUCGAUCAUCAACUGCUCGGAUCAAUAUUUAUUAUUGCCUUAGGUGAUUAGUGGACGGACACGUGCUGUCCGCUCUGCUUAAACCAAAGUACUACAAUGAGGUUGCCUUCGAACAAUGUUUGCUGAGAUUUUAUUUAAUCCAAAAAUAGUGAGAUUUUAACUCCAGAGUGUGUGUAAGGGAUGUGAUAGUUGAAUUAACGGUUUGAUUAGUUUUUUUUUUUCAGGUUUGGGCUUUUCUUAAUUGUUUUUUGAUGGAAUUGAUUCUGUCUGAGUAAUUAAUGACACUGAGUCCUUUGAUUUCCGAUAAAUAUUCUAUACGGCGCUCUGUCACAGGCCACAGAGGCGUUUGAAGCCAGGAUGUAAAUACGUUAUGUAAUAUUAUAUUUUCCAAACGAAUGAGGGAGCCCCGUCAGAGAACAUCUAUUUUGUAUUUUAGCUUUUUAUGAUUUUUGUGUUGAGAAAUAACGACACUCGGGAGGUGAAAUUGAUUGUGGCCUUUUUUGUCCACACAACAGUCUGUAAUGAGGCGUCUUGGUCGACCGCCUCCGUGUUGCUGCUACAAGUCAUAA